CAGGUGACUUGUCCCUCCCAUACUGCGACUUAGUUCAUUUUAUAUCGACCUUCCUCGACCUUCACCCACCAAACCUCCACGCCUACGCUUGCACCUGGUACUCGCGCCUCCGGGUCUGCCUGACACUUCUCCCAGCACCACCACCUCCUCCCUUCCGACCCCCUCUCGAUCGCCAACGGCUCGUCCUCCGCUCUCUCACAAUGGUGCUAAGAAUCCGGCUCGCCCGCUUCGGCACCAAACGCGCGCCCGUCUACAACAUCGUCCUCGCGCAGGCCAAAUCCGCGCGCGGCAAGAAACCCAUCGAAGUCCUCGGCACGUACGACCCGAUCCCGCGGAUACCGCUGGCCUCGCCCGGCGACACGCCGCUGCCCGCCGCCGACGGAGUGAGCACGAGCGCCUCUGUCGCGACCCCCCCAAAACGGUACAAGGACAUCAAGCUUGACACCGCCCGGACAAAGUACUGGCUCGGUGUGGGCGCGCAGCCGACGGAACCCGUGGCCAAGUUGUUGAAUAUGAUCGGAUUGGUCGAGGCUAAACCUUCGAGGACGACGCAGCAGAAAGCCUCAUUGCCGGAAGCAUCUGCGCCAGAGAAGACUGCGACGGUAUAACUUGGUCCACGCCUCCUGUUAUUUGUACGGCAUAGCGCUGGCGUUUUAGGCUUGGAGAGUGUCGACGAACCUCUGGAGGAAGAACAGAGGUGUAUACCAUCAGAUAUCUCUUUUUUGUACAAAGAUAAAAUCACGCUACUACACUACUUGGUGUCCGCAUGGGGAUGCAAGCGGGAAUGGAAGAUUUGAAGAGAUGGUCUAUUCACAUUUCUGUCCACAAGCAGCUGAAGCCACCUAUUGAUACUUGGUAGACAGCCAAUACUUGGCCUGGGCCUCAUGAUCUCGUUGCAGUCUAAUGCGCCCCUGCUAUGCAGUUUCAACUUUUGCUUGUUGAACAAAUUCUCAA